AAAUGAAGCAAACUCUCCUGGUUGUGAUGUGCCUCUGUGUCUUUAUGUCGACUGUGUUUGCAGUGACCGGUCACAUUAAGAAAAGUUGUUGUUUGACAUAUCCAUCAAAAAUCCCUCCCAUUGAGAGACUGAAGAAAUAUGAAAUACAAGAGGAUGAUGGGCGCUGCUCUAUCAAAGCUGUGAUAUUUAUCACAGUACAAAACAGACGUUUCUGUGCAGAUCCAGACAAUGCAUGUGUAAAGCAGCUCAUGAAAAACAUUAAGGCCCGUUCAGCUCAACGGCAAAAGAAGUCGAAAGCUAAACGUACAUAGAGAAUUUCCCUGGCAGGAGAUGGAACCAGAUGAAUGUCUGCAGAACAAAGCCGAAAGCCAACAAAUCAUUUUUCUUGUGUUUCUGCGUUUAUCCUUGGAUUCAAAUAAUUUACAAAACAUAAGCAAGAUCUGGUGCACAAUUUCAUAUUUUUCACAGGUGUACCACUCAAAUGCUUUGCCACCUAUUGAUAUAAAGUGCCUUGAUGAAUUAGAACAGUUGGCUUGUAAUGUCCUAACACGAAUGCUAUGUGAAAUAGUCACCAACAGUGGGAAUAAUAGUUGAUUUCCCCUCCUACAUGCCCCAUGGAAACUGAUGUCAAUUUUAGCAAUCCUGCUAAUCCAAAUCUUGAUUGUCCAGUGCCAUGGGACAUCCUCCUGA